UGACCAUCUCCUCCCCUCCCUCCCCUUCCCUCCCCUCCCCUCCCCUCCCCCAAUCCCGACAUGGGGUUGCCUUCAAACAUACGUGCCAUCUACAGGAGCCCCACCAUCUUCACCUCCCUAAUUCUCUUGCUCACUGCAAGCUCUCCCUUCUUCUUCUCCUUCUGCCUGGCCAUUGAUGAACAAGGUUUAGCUCUGCUGUCAUGGAAACGCAGCCUCAACAGCUCCACAGACGCACUCAGCUCGUGGAAGCCAUCGGACCCCGAUCCAUGCAAGUGGUUUGGAGUUUCCUGCAACUCCAAACUAGAGGUCAUCAGCCUGAGCAUCACGUCGGUCGAUCUGCAAGGCUCAUUGCCUUCCAAUCUUCAACCUCUAAAGUCCCUGAAGACUCUUGUUCUGUCUGUUACCAACAUCACUGGUCCAAUCCCGAGAGAGUUCGGCGACUACCGCGAGCUUGCCAUCGUCGACCUCAGCAGAAACCAAAUCACGGGCGAGAUCCCUGCGGAAGUUUGCAAGCUCAGCAAACUCGAGUCGCUCGUUUUGAAUUCCAAUUCUCUCCAAGGCGCCAUUCCUGCUGAUAUCGGAAACCUCUCCAGCCUCACAUACUUGACUCUCUACGACAACUUCCUGAGCUCCGAGAUCCCGGCGAGCAUCGGGAAACUGCAGAAGCUCGAGGUUUUCCGGUCUGGCGGUAACCAGAAUCUCAAAGGCUCGUUGCCCCCGGAGAUUGGAAACUGCAGCAACUUGGUCAUGUUGGGCCUCGCCGAAACCGGCAUUUCGGGGAAGCUUCCCUCAACGAUUGGAUUGCUCCAAAGGCUGCAAACCAUCGCCAUCUACACUGCGAUGAUCUCAGGUACGAUCCCGGAAGAGAUUGGCAACUGCACCGAGCUAACCAGCUUGUAUCUGUAUCAGAACUCUCUGUCAGGCCCGAUUCCUUUCAAGCUUGGCAAGCUUGAAAACCUUCGGAGUCUGCUCUUGUGGCAGAACAGCCUGGUCGGCUCUAUCCCGCCAGAGCUCGGCCGAUGCAAACAGCUCGUGCUCGUCGACCUGUCGAUGAAUCUUCUGACCGGAAGCAUUCCCCGGAGCAUCGGGAACCUGACCAAUCUCCAACAGCUUCAGUUGAGUACUAAUCAGCUGUCAGGCCUGAUUCCGCAGGAGAUUUCGAGCUGUGCUGCGCUGACCGAUCUCGAGGUCGACAACAACGAGCUCUCCGGCGAGAUUCAAAUCGACUUCGCAAAGCUGGAGAACCUCACUCUGUUCUAUGCUUGGCAGAACAGGCUGACGGGGAGCAUUCCGGCCAGUUUAGCUCAAUGUCCGAAUUUGCAGUCCGUCGAUCUCUCGUACAACAAUCUCACCGGGCCGAUUCCCAAGGACCUGUUCGGAUUGCAGAACCUCACCAAACUGCUCCUCCUGUGGAAUGAACUGUCGGGAUUUGUACCACCAGAUAUUGGCAAUUGCACAAAUCUUUUCCGGCUCCGGCUGAAUGGUAACCGGCUCGCGGGAACCAUGCCAGCGGAAAUUGGCAAUCUGAAGAGCCUGAAUUUUCUUGACAUGAGCAACAACCUGCUUAUAGGUCCGAUCCCGACGGCGAUAUCGGGAUGCGAGUCCCUCGAAUUCCUCGAUCUCCACUCCAAUGCUUUGACCGGAGGCUUGCCGGAGUCACUGCCAAAGAGCCUACAAUUCAUCGACGUCUCCGACAACAGGCUCAGCGGACCGUUAAGCGCCGCUAUCGGUUCACUGCCGGAGCUGACCAAGCUCAUCGCGGGAAGAAAUCAGCUCUCUGGUGGGAUCCCAGCAGAACUUGGAUCAUGCAGCAAGCUACAGCUACUGGACGUCGGUGAUAACUCUUUCUCCGGAAGGAUUCCUGGCGAGCUAGGCCAACUUCCGGCGCUCGAGAUCUCGCUUAAUCUCAGCUGUAACCAUCUCUCCGGCGAUAUCCCGGCCCGACUCUCCGCCCUCGAGAAGCUUGGAUGCCUCGACAUCUCCCACAACGAGCUCUCCGGCAACCUCGACGUGCUCGCCGUGCUGCAGAACCUCGUCACGCUUAACGUGUCCUUCAACGCCUUCUCGGGCGAACUGCCCGAUACUCCCUUCUUCAGGAAGCUCCCGCUCUCCGAUCUCGAAGGCAACCAUGGGCUGUUCAUAGCCAACGGCCCUGCAACACAAGAACCAUCGAGCAGAGCAGCAAUCUCCGCUCUGAAGCUCGCCAUGUCGGUCCUGAUCAGCGUCAGCGCAUUACUGCUGCUGACGGCCGUCUACGUGAUGGUACGGUCUCGUACCGCCCCUCGCCGACACGCGGACGACACGUGGGAGAUCACCCUCUACCAAAAGCUCGACUUCUCGGCAGACGACGUAGUCCGGGGACUGACAUCGGGGAACGUAAUAGGGACCGGAAGCUCCGGCGUGGUCUACAAGGUCGGGACUCCGAGCGGCGACACGCUGGCCGUCAAGAAGAUGUGGUCGUCGGACGAGUCAGGGGCGUUCCGCAACGAGAUCGCCGCCCUGAGCUCGAUAAGGCACCGGAACAUCGUGCGCCUGCUGGGGUGGGGCGCCAACCGGAGCACCAAGCUGCUGUUCUACAACUAUCUACCGAACGGGAGUCUGAGCGGGUUCCUUCACCGGAGCGGGAAGGAGCAGGUGGAGUGGGAGACGAGGUACGAGAUCAUGAUCGGGCUGGCUCACGCCAUAGCCUAUCUGCACCAUGACUGCGUGCCGGCCAUCUUGCAUGGAGACGUCAAGGCCAUGAAUGUGCUGCUGGGGCCGAGAUUUGAACCAUACUUGGCGGACUUCGGCCUGGCCAGAGUACUAACCGGUGGUGAUACUACACACAAGUUGGAGUCCAAAGCCUGUCCUCGUAUUGCCGGUUCCUAUGGAUACAUUGCUCCAGAGUAUGCUUCGACGCAACGGAUAACAGAGAAGAGUGAUGUCUACAGCUACGGUGUUGUGUUGCUCGAAGUCCUAACAGGGAGGCAUCCACUGGACCCGUCGCUGCCCGGGGGAAUGCAUUUGGUGCAGUGGGCGCGAGAGCACUUGCAGAGCAAGCGCGACCCGGUGGAGCUGCUCGACGCCAGGUUACGAGGCCGGCCGGACCACCAGACACAAGAGAUACAGCAGGCGCUUGCAAUCGCUUCGUUGUGCGUCGGUGCGCGGGCCGAAGACCGGCCGACCAUGAAGGACGUGGCUGCACUGUUGAAGGAGAUCAGACGGCCGGCGAACGAAGAGCCCAAAGAGUCGGCGGCGGUAUCUGCAGCCGCCGCCGCCGCCGCCGCCGCCGCUUCUCCCGUCCGGAAUGUGGACUUGGUAGGCUCUUCCAAUUGCUCAUUUGCAAUGUCGGAUUACUCCAGCUGAACAAAGACUGCACUGGUAACAGUUUUUGGAAUGACUUAUCAUUCAGUAAAAAGAAAUGCAAAUCAUCAUAACUGUACAUGUAUUUUACUUGCAUUUGUGGGAUUGCUGCUACUUCAGAUACAUGUUAAUCUUGUCAAAUUCACUAGAGUUUUAUAUCAUGAAAUGCCGAGGACAGGUGAAGGAUGUGUUGAGACACGAGGGAUAAGAGAUGGAGUUUUCUGUCUUGAAGUCGAUCCAAUGAUUUGGGUUAGAACAUUGCCAAGAUGACUGAAACAGUAGAUCUGAUAAAAAGAAUAAACUCUUUCCGGCAAGAGAAUCACAUGUCCUGAUGCUAUCAAUACACCUCCCCACAUGGUAGAGACAGAAGACCUCAACAAGCAAUAAGAAAUGACUGUUUGAUAGAUCGAGCAAGUCUUCUUUCUGUCAUUGCUUUUCAUGGACUUUAAGCUCAAAUCAGCCUUUCAAGUAAAUGUAUUAGAACAGAUGGUAUCUAUUCCUCUACAUAUUUUCUGUA